AUGAAAUCGAGCCUAAAACCAGUGUUGCAGGUUGUGAGCGAUGCCAAGAGGUUUUGGGUCGGGAACGGAUUUAAAGUAGCCGGUAUGAUAAAUUACAACAAGGUCGGAAAACACUUGAAUCCUUUCCUUGUUCUAGACUAUAACGCACCUAUGGCUUUCGAGCCCGAACCAUCGCCUAAAGGUAUAAAAUUUCACCCGCACAGAGGCAUUGAAACCGUGACGAUUAGCUAUGAUGGCGGCGUGACCCAUUGCGACUCAACGGGUCACAGCGGAACAAUUACAAAAGGCGGUGUUCAGUGGAUGACUUCAGGAUCGGGGAUUCUUCACGAGGAGCGGCACUCUGAUGAAUUCGCGAAAACGGGCGGACCUUUCGAAAUGGUCCAAAUGUGGAUCAAUUUGCCGAAAGCCCAAAAGUUCACUGAUCCAAAGUAUCAAGUUGUGCAGGCCCCUGCGCUGCCCAAAGUGUGCAUCUCAGAUAAGAGCUCCCUACGCAUUAUCGCCGGACAAUACCAGGGGUUCUCGUCGCCCAUCUCAACAUUUACUCCUAUGAACAUCUGGGACCUCGACUUGGCGGCUAAGGAAACUUUCGAGGUGGAUAUGCCCGAGAAAUAUUCUGCAGGUAUUCUUGUUCGCCGCGGCCGGAUCAAUGCCAAUGGCACUGAGGCCGAGAAAGAAAAUCUAGUUAUAUUUGAACGUGAUGGCACAGCUCUCAAAAUCGAGAGUCCCGUAGCCUCCAAGUCCCUUCUUUUCUUCGGGCAAGCAAUUGAGGAGCCUUUCGUAGGCAAAGGACCCUUCGUCAUGAACACAGAGGACGAGCUGGCCCAGGCUUUCAAGGACUAUAAAUCUGGCAAAUUCGGGCCCGUUCCAGGCCCCUCGGUUCUCGAUAACGUUUUUUAG